UUCCUGUUUCCGAUUACGCCAUCCUAGAUGGCUCCUCCCCUUCGUCUCUUGUAAACAGAGCUGCUGUCCGUUGUUUUUGUCAGCACUUGCUGCUCUUCUUCAAAGAUGGCUCAGGCGGGGGUUAUUCUGGACCUGGACCACUUUAACUGCUCCGUGUGUCUGGACGUGCUGAAGAGUCCGGUCACGAUCCCGUGCGGACACAGCUACUGCCACAACUGCAUCCAGAACUACUGGGACCAGGACGACUACCUCGGGGUGUUCGCCUGCCCGCAGUGCCGGCAGACCUUCAACCCGAGGCCGGCGCUGGCUCGGAGCACCAUGCUGGCCGACGUGGUGGAGAAGUUCAAGGAGACGCGGGUCCGGGAGACGUCUCCGCCGGCGGCCGAGCGCGGCCUCGCGGGCGCCGACGACGUGGAGUGCGACGUGUGCGCGGUCCGGAAGAACCGGGCGGUGAAGUCGUGCCUGGUGUGUUUGGCCUCCUACUGCGACGCCCACGUCCAGCCCCACUACGAGUCCGCCGCCUUCAAGAAGCACAGGCUGGUGUCGGCCUCCAAGCACCUGCGGGAGACCAUCUGCCCCGUGCACGACAAGCUGCUGGAGGUGUACUGCCGCACCGACCGCCGCUGCAUCUGCUACCUGUGUCUGACGGACGAGCACAAAGGCCACGACACCGCGCUGGCGGACGCAGAGAUCCAGCAGAUCCAGAGGGAGCUGGAUGACAUGAAGCAGAGUUCCCACAUGAGGAUUCAGCAAAGAGAAAAGGCCGUUCAGGAGCUCAAAGAAGCUAUUUUAUCUCUCACUCGUUCGGCUCGGGCGGCGGCCGAGGAGAGCGACUACGUCUUCACCGAGCUCAUCCGUUCAGUCGAGCUGAAGCGCUUCGAGGUCCGGGAGCUGAUCAAGGCGCAGGAGAAGACCGCCGUCAGCGAGGCCGAGCAGCUGCUGGACAAAAUCCAGAAGGACAUCGCAGAGCUGACCGCCAAUCAGGCAAAGCUUGACCAGCUGUGCCAGACAGAGGAGCCCGUCCGCUUCCUCCAGAUCUAUCAGUCUCUUCCCGCACCACCUGUGCUGUCAGCCUCACCUUCACCCUCCACCGACCCCAGCCUCUCCUUCGGCCCCAUGAUGACGGCUUUGUCGGAUUUCAAAGGACUCAUGCAGGAGGUGUGUCAGGGCGGAUUUGUCAGCAUCUACGAGAGAGUGAGAGAUGUGACGAUAGUAGGUUCUGAGAAUCCUCCAGCUCAGAGUGACACGGCCGUCACUGGUCCGUCCAGAUCAGCUGCACAGCCAGAAGCGUCUGCAGGACAUAGUUUCUGCAGAGCGGCAGGGGUUCAUUAGAUAUUCACCUCUGAGAUGUGGGCGGGAUCAUUGGCACAAAGCAAACCCCCUCACUUCCCGUCAUCCAUCUGUUUACACUCUCUCCUAGUGGCCCACAGCCCCUCACACCCCCAAACCUGACAUCAGCGGAGGAACCAAAAUGGCAGCAGCAUCAGGGCCGUCCAGAUGUACAGUUUAGAUCCAGAUUCCAGGGAGCUUUUGCCCCCCCCCAGCGUAUUUUCUAUGUCACAAAUGCAAUCUU